UGUCGUUACCAACAGUAAGCUUUCAUCUCUUCACCAAAAAUCAACCUUUAAAAAUGUACCUUCUCGCGGUGUUCUUGUUGUUGGUUGGCACAAAUGUCUGCCUGAUUGAAGGAAAUCUAGGCGGCGGCGGCGGAGAAGGAAACGAUUAUACAUAUGGGACACAAGCAACAACGGAUACUCUUAUUGCAAGUGAGACUGUAUCGAAACCCAAAAGUCUCCUGCAAACGACGACGAAAACCUAUACGUUAACACAGGCAGGAACUGCAAAAACAAUAAGCUACAUUAGAAUCACGGAUCUAAAGAAAGCCCGAGGUGCCACUGCCGAAAUCACAUCUGGAGGAGUGGGUGCUACGACAGUCACAAUCAAAUUUACUUCGGCUCGGGGAGCUGGUAUUAAGUCCCAAGUAGUGAUAUAUGGCGCUUAAAAUAAUAAUGAUUUUAAAACAAGUUUUUUCUUAAUAUAAAACGAUUUAGCGUUCAUCUGCUUCACAUUUAUAAAGUAAAAUAUUUGUAACCUUUUAAUUAUCCUUAAAUGGGCAAAAUAAAAUUAAUUUAAUUUA